AUUCGGGGUAGAAUUAUCUUCCCACUUUGAAUAGAGAUCAUGACAGACGUGUACGUAGUUGUGGAGAUCGCCACCACGUGCGACGAGUCCCCCACCUACGUGAACCGGGACUCGACCGAACUUAUCGAGCUUGCCUGGAGGGCCGUUGACGCCGAGACUUUGGAAUGUACACAUAGGGAGACUGUUCUUGUCAAGCCCACCAACACUCCAAUCACGCCGUAUUGUGCCCAGCGCCAUGGGGUCUUGUGGGAACAUGUCCGGACGGCAGGGACCUUCAAGGAGGCGAUUCUGAAGUUGGACUUGUGGGUACAACUGGAGUUGAUUGCCAAGGACCGUCAAUUUGUGUUUGCCACGUGCGGGGUCACCAAAUUGAGAGUACAAAUCCCUCGUGAAGCUCGGGAUAAGCUGGUGGUAUUACCUCCAUACUUGCAACAUCCUCGAGUGUUUGACUUGCAAGCAGAGUAUGUCAAGUGGCAGAGCACACACCCGGAAGCCUUGAGUUAUACGAGUAGUAGUUUGGCUAAUAUAAUCACUGCGUUGGAGGUUGAUUGGAAGCAGGAGACGCCUGUACAGCAAGCUGUACCGGCUGCAGCACACACUGCCACUACUAGUUCAAGUUCACUGGGGAGCUCAACCCCUCCAACUAUGGGAGAAACUGGAGAAUCCAACGAUGAAGACUCUUCCUCAACUUCAACUGACAGUUCCACCAGUUCAAUGUCUCAUCUUUAUUCUCUUCUUCUUACCCAACUUAUCAAGAAGUCACUCCCUCCCGAUGAACACCCUCUAGUUCUCACCAAGCCGUAUGACUCAGCACAAGACGUGAGAGUGUUUCUUGCCGAAAGAUCAAAGAUCUUGUACCUUUCGAACCUCCCACAUGACACCACCCAGAGCGAGCUUGAGUCGUGGUUCACCCAGUAUGGAGGUAGACCAAUUGCCUUUUGGACGUUGAAGAUGUUGGACGAGAAGAGUCAACAAACUGCUGGUAUCAGCAAUAAUAACAACACCGGCACCCACAACAACAACACCACCACCAACACCAACACCACCUCUUCAACUGGCACUACCAAGUCAAUUUCUGGGUUUGCCGUGUUUGCCACCCAUGAAGAAGCCACAGAGUCCCUUGCCAUGAAUGGGAGACUGUUGAAUGACCGAUCUAUUGAAGUACAGGCAUCUUCAACCAGAGUUUUGGAUAAGGCCAGUGACCUUUUAACACCAUUCCCUCCGUCUAAGAACAGACCAAGACCUGGCGAUUGGACGUGUCCAUCCUGUGGUUUUUCCAACUUUCAAAGAAGAACCGCAUGUUUCAGAUGUUCCUUCCCUGCAACCAGUGCUGUUGCCAUCCAGGAGAGCAUUUAUAAUGGACCGAAACGUCAACCUAAUGACCAUUCUGGUGGCAAAAUGACUCUCAAUGGCAUGAAUGGAUAUUAUGAAGGCACUAAUAAUGGUGGACAGCUGAACAGCCAUAACCACAACCAAUCGAAUGGCAGCAACCAGUCGGGCAACAACAUCCAGUCGGGCAACAAUAACCAGUCAGGUAACAAUAACCAGUCGGGUAACAACUCUGGAGGCCGUCACUAUGGGAACAAUGUCCCAUUCAGAGCUGGUGAUUGGAAAUGUGAAGCAUGCUUUUAUCAUAAUUUUGCCAAAAACUUGUGUUGUUUGAAGUGUGGGAACGGGAAACCAUCUGGGAUGUCCAAUGGGAACGGGAACGGGAACGGGAACGGGAAUGGGAACUAUGGGAAUGUCAACAAUGACAGCAUCAAUUCCACAGCAGCCGCCAUUGCAGCCGCCACCGCUUCGGGCCAACCAUUGAUGAACAAUGGGUUUAUCAACUUGCACCAACCACAGCCAAGACACAAUGGAUCUUCCAACAACAAUUCCCCCAGUUCCAAUAACAUGCACAAGUCGAACAAUAGAAGUAGUAGUGCCAAUGGUGGGUCUACCGGGAACAAGCCUUACAUGCAACAGAAGCAUCUCAAUGGGAGCAAUCCAAAUUUGAGGGGUAACACCACUCCCCAGCCACUUUUGCAGCAACAUUUGAUGAUGUUACAGCAGCAGCAGCAACAACAACAGCAGCAGCAACAACAACAACAACAACAACAAUCCAAUGGAUAUGGUGGUCAGUUGCAAGGACAUGCUCAGGGACAUAGUCAAGGUCAGGGCCAUGGACAGUACAUGCAACACAAGUACGCUCAUUCGGCUACUAAUUCCCCUGUGUUGUAUGGAUACGAUGGGAAUGUCAACCUUCCCAACCCGCCCAGAUCUGCACCAAACAGCGGCAAUCAAGGGAACCUUGGAGGGCUUAGUGGACUGAUACAGUCGUUAAAUUUGAAUGGAUAAAGUGGAAGAAAGGAUAGAGGAGAGAAAUAUAUUGGGAAUUGGAGACGAUUAAAGGAUAGAGAAUACGUUUUAAAUAGAGAUAAAUGGACUGGAG